GCUUCAGGGGCUACUACUACUUCCAUCAUCUUUUGCUUUGGCUCAAUCUUCUGUCUCUGCUAUUGCUGAAAAUGGGUAUGGUGCUCCAAAGCUGCUACCUUGAACCAAAUGGCGGUACGCCGUCGUAUUUGCAGUUCUAAGGAAGGACAAAACACGAAAAAACGUAGGAACACGGCGGCGUUUUGCUCUGGCUGUGGCCUUCUCUUUGGAUGAUGAAAUCUCGUUCUUGUUACAUUUCCUCAAUUCGGAAAACCCAAUCUCUCAGACCGAGGCGGGGACUAAAGAAGAAAAAUGGCGGCCAAGUUCGUUUCCUCUGCCUCGCAGCUUCAACAAUUUCCCACUCUGGUUUCUGCUUCCGAAUGCAAAAACCUCGCCCGCCAUUACCACAGUAGCACCAAAAGCUUUAGUCUUUAUACCACACAACACCAACAAUUCAGCAACAGGCAGCUGUUUUUUUCAAAAGGGAGAUUGAUUGGAAAUGCAGUCGGGCCUAUUUCAGCUACGGACUCAGGAGUGGAAACAUCGAUUACUGAGCCAAAGGACAAUGCCAUAACCGUAAGAGAUGCUAAGAUUGUUGUAGAGUCGAGGGACGAAACCAGCAUUAAGGUUAGAGUGGAUUUGGGGGGAGAUGAAACAGAAAAGGUUUUCGGAAAGGUAUUGAGAAAUCUGGCUCUCACUUCACCACCAAUCCCCGGAUUUCGGAAACAAAAGGGAGGUCAGACCACACAGUUCCCUCAAUUUUCUUAUGUAAUUGGUUAUCUCCAUAUUGUGAUUUCACUCAUUUCCUUUUAUCUACUGACAAAAUCGCAUGAAGUCGUCGUGAAAAAGAGCGUCAGUUUUGUCCAUGGUUGCGAUGAGUAUGCUGCUUCCUUGUGCUUUCUAUGCUACAACAAUCCCUUGAGCCGCCAAAACCUUAACGUACUACCAAUCCUGUUUUGCAUGGUUGCUGGACUGAAACCAGGGAAGACAACCCAGGUGCCAAGGGACUUCCUGAUCCAGCAGGAAAAUGUGAAAGUGAAGGAGAACAAAGUGACCACAAUCCAGAAGGCAGAUGAACUGAUGAAGCUGUUUAAACCAGGAAAAGAGUUCGGGUUUAACGCCAUUCUGGAGCUUGAGCAAGGUGAUGCAGUGGAAAUUGAAACUGAACAAGGUGAUGCAAUGGAAGCUGAAACUGUAACUAACGAAAGCUAGAAACAAAGCUCCUCUCUUUUUCUUUGUAUGAAUGACAUUAUUUAGUUUAUAUAUUGACUCUAGUCAUAGUUCCAUAUAUACCCACGUUCAUCCAUACAUUUGGCAACGAUGAUGCAGUUAUGCAAUUUGGUAUAAUUCACUAUGUACAAAC